AUGCCUACUGUGCCGCAAGGCGGAAAAGUCCUAGUCUCAGGCGCAAACGGCUACGUCGCCAUGUGGACUGCGAAGUUACGAGUUCGAGGGACAGUCCGAUCUGCAGAGAAGGGUAGGUCCAUGAGCGAUUAUUUUACGAAGCCCGGAUAUGGAGAGGCUUUUGAGUUUGUGGUUGUUGAAGAUAUCAUCGAGGCGCAGGAUGGUGCAUUUGACGAAGUCAUCAAAGACGUCGACACUAUUGAGCAUAAGGCAUCGCCAGCUUACUUCGAUGCCCCGACCCCCAGGAAAUCCUGGGACCUGCCAUUCAAGGAACAGUUGGUAUGCUCGAGAGCGCUGUGGAACACACUCAAUCGCAUCAUGAUCACUUCGUCAACUGCAGCAAUCAUGACUCCAAACUUGUCUGAGCCUAGAGUUUUCAGCGAGAGGGAUUGGAAUGAAGCUUCGCCAAAGGAAGUUGAAGAGCUUGGUUCAAAGGCUGCGGGUACCACCGUCUAUCGUGCAUCCAAGUCCCUUGCGGAGAGGGCUGUGUGGGAGUUCUACAACCAGCAUAAGUCACAAGUCUCAUGGGACUUGACUGUUAUCAAUCCCUCCUUUGUUUUUGGGCCCCCUAUUCACGACGUUGGCUCCCCCAAGUCUCUGAAUUCCUCCCUCCAGACGUGGUAUGACCUGGUUGUUUCUGAGUCUCCGAAGACCAAGGAAAUGCUUAGCCAGUCGGCCAGUUGGGUCGACGUUCGUGACACUGCUUUUGUGCAUGUUUUAGCUCUCAAGAAGGAAGCGGCAGGUGGUGAGAGGAUACUCCUCACAUCUGGGGUGCACGUUUGGCAAGAAUGGAGCAAGUUCCAUAUUGCUAGUCUUCCACAGAAAUUGACUAAUGAUUAUCUCUUAUUCUUAGUAAACGUAGUGAAUAAUCUGAUGCCAAACCUGCUCCCAUCCCACAAGCUUACCCCUGGGUACCCUGAAAUUCUUCAGCAGAAUACGAUUCCAGCCUCCUUGGAGGACUUUGCCAGGCAUGGGUGGUGUGACUAG